UAAGUUCAUUAUUGAUUAUUACAUUUAAGACAGACAGUAUACAGCCAACAACGUAAAUAGAAUACUUGAUUUAAACUUAUCAUUUCCAAAGUUAUUUCACGUUUCACGUACAAUAGAUCACGAUGGUAUCGAUGGAUAAGAGUUUACUUUGUUGUUUUCUCUGGAUUUAUGCAGUUUGUGGUUCAGAUGAUGUUCAAAUAUUGGAACCAGAAUGCCUUGCUAAUGGAAAAGCAUGUGAAUGUGGCAGAAAUCUAACAUUAUCUUGUAAGUUAAGGAUUAACACAUUUGCCAUUGCUUGGAUGAAUGAAAACGAUAUCACACCAAUUGCACAGUGUGUAAGAAACAAUUGUGCAAUAAACUCUGGAUACAUUCACGAGUACACUAUUUCAUACGAUAAGACAGAAUACAUCUUCAACUUGACGAUAAUUAAGUUAACUAUGAAAGACAAUGGAAGAAAGAUGGUGUGUUCAGAUGGUACCAGUACUGACACAAAGUUUAUUAGAGUCAGAGAUAUUGAACCUCUUCUGUUUGAAAAUACAACAACUGGGACCAUACAUGCGAUAUCUGGCUGUGUUUCCGAUGGCACGAAAGUUUCAUUUAAAUGGAUAAAGAUAGAUGCAAAUAACAAGCGGGAGAAAGAAAUCACCCCAAAAAUCCAAAACGCAACUGUAACAAUUUGUUCGAAUGAUUCUGAUUGCGGGAAUGAUCAACAAAUACAAUACUCAGAAGUAAUUACCGCCAAGGCUAGUAACAAUGGAACUUACUUUCUGAAAAUUGUUGCGGAUUAUGGGAACGAACAAAAAGAGUCGUAUCAUACAGUUGGAAGAUAUGAAUUGGAAGAUAGAGGUUUAAAUGGUGUUGAUAUAUUGGAACCAGAAUGCCUUGCUAAUGGAAGAGCAUGUGAAUGUGGGCGAGAUCUAACAAUAUCUUGUAAGUUUAGGAAUAACACAUUUGCCACUGCUUGGAUGGAUCAAAACGAUACAACACAAAUUGCACAUUGUGUAGGUACCAAUUGUGCAAUAAACCCUGGAUACAUUGACCGGUACAAUAUUUCAUACGAUAACACAAAGUACAUCUUCAACUUGACGAUAAUCAAGUUAACUAUGAAAGAUAAUGGAAGAAAAAUGGUGUGUUCAGAUGGAACCAGUACUGACACAACGUUUAUUAGAGUCAGAGAUUACGAACCUCAUCUUUUAGAGAAUACAACAACUGGGACCAUACAGGCGAUCUCUGGCUGUAUUUCCAAAGCCACGAAAGUUUCGAUUAAAUGGAUAAAAAUCUGUGCACGUAGCAAGGACGAGCAAGAAUUCAUCCCAAAAAUCCAAAACGCAAGUAUAACAAGUUGUUCGAAUGGUUCUGAUUGCGGUAAUGAUCAACAAUUUCAAUACUCAGAGGUAAUUUCCGCCAAGGCUAAUGACAAUGGAAAUUACUUUCUGAAAAUUGUUGCGGAUUAUGGUGACGAACAAAAAGAAUCAUAUAACACCGUGGGAAGAUAUAUACUAAAAGAUAGAGGAACAAAUAUCAAUAUUUUGGAACUAGAAUGCCUUGCUAAUGGGAAAACAUGUGCAUGUGGCAGAGAUCUUACAUUAUCAUGUAUGUUUAUUAAUAAAACAUUUGCCAUUGCUUGGAUGAAUCCAAACGAUAUAUCACAAAUUGCAAAGUGUGAACGUAACUAUUGUACAGUAAACCCGGGAUACAUUGAUCAAUACAAGAUAUCAUAUGAUGAGAAAAAUCAUUUCUUCAACUUGACAAUUAUCAAGUUAACGAUGAAAGACAAUCAAAGAACGUUGAUAUGUUCAGAUGGAACCGAUAUGGAUUCACAGAAUAUAAGAGUAAGAGAUUACGAGCCUUUUCUUUUAGAAAAUACAACAACUGGGACCAUACAGGCGAUCUCUGGCUGUGUUUCCAAUGGCACGAAAGUUUCCUUUAAAUGGAUAAAGAUAUGUGCACGUAGCAACAGCGAGGAGAUUAUAACCCCAAAAAUCCAAAACGCAAGUACAACACGCUGUUCUUAUGAUUCGGAUUGCGGGAAUGAUCAACAAAUUCAAUACUCUGAGGUACUUUCCGCCAAGGCUAGUGACAAUGGAAAUUAUUAUCUGAAAAUUGUUGCGAAUUAUGGGAAUGAAAAAAUAGAGUCGUAUCGCACCGAUGGAAGAUACAUACUGGAAGGUAGCGAAGAAGAAAAAAGCAACUCUCUAAUUGUGGUUCCUGUAGUUCUUGGUUGCCUUGCGACGUUUCUUCUAGCAUGUGGUAUUGUACGUUAUAACAAAAAGUUAAAUAAUUGUACUUGGAAGAACGAAAAAGGAAAGAGUGAAGGUAAACGGAUUUUGCAAACAAAAAUGUGGUGUAAUGGAACGGAAGAUCUUGCAACAAGUGACCCUGAUUCAAACCUAGGUUUGCCAAAGUAUGAUGAGGAAGUGGUGAGUUCUGAUGUAAACGAACUUACAGUCAACGACUAUUCUCCACGUCAAGUUGUACCCGAAAGUGAAGAAGAAAAUCUUUUAUCUAGAGAAAAUGAUAAGGAAAAUGACUUUUUUUCUGUUAACGAUUCCACAUUAAACGCCCACUGCCCGAUUGUCUAGGCCAAGAUGUGCCCGAAAUUGGAGAAGAAAAAAAUCUUUCAUCUAAAGAACAAACUGUACUUGAUCUUGAUCCAGAUAGAUAUGAGCUCGGAAAUGAUGAAAAACAAAUAUACCUGCGUGCUAAACAACAUGAUUUAGAUGGUGAUAUGCUUGAAAAUGAAGAAGGAAAAAAUUUGUUAUCUAAAGGACAAACCAUAGUCGAUCUUAAAACAGAUAGUGAAGAAAUGAAGAAUACUAUUAUGCGGAAUUUGAAGAAAAUGAAGAAUACUAUUAUGCGGAAUUUGAAGAAAAAGAAAAAUACUAUUAUGCGAUAUAUGAUUCUAUCGGCCUUGAUAAUCUAGAUGUAGAUGAACAUGUGCUAGAAAACGAUGGAUGGGUAAUACUGUAAAAACAAAAAAUCCAGGUUCAAUUUUUUUCCCUUCAACGUUUUAGUCGUUUACUUUGAUAAAUAUAUUCCUAAAAUAGUGCUACUCUCUCAGUCACAUUUUAAGAAUAGAUAUUUUGAAAUGUAAGGGAAGUAAUAACGAAUCAAAAGCAUUUAAAUCUUGUAAGAGUAGUCUAUCCUGUUUCUUGCAUCUUACUAUUUUCACAUAUAUUUUUGUUUACUUUAUUGACAGAUUUAUUGUUGACUAAUGCCAAUAUUAAUUCAAAAGUGUAUAUAUCAAUAUAUGACUAUGAGCUAUAAUGGCUUUGUCAAAACAUAGUUAGUGAAUUCUCAUGAGAUUCUCAUAUUAAGAUAUGUUUAGUACCUUUUGUUAGAAUUUCCUAUAUUUCAGUUUUCUGCAAUUUUACGUGAAGAUGAGCAUAGUAUAUCUUUAAUGUUAUGUAUAUGUCUUUUUAAAGCAGGUGCGUAAUUAUAUAAUAAGUUUUACACGUUACUGAAGUGAUAUAUGGGAGAAUAUAGCCUGAAUGAGGUAAACAUGAUCUGAUGCGCUAGUCAAGGCUAUAUAUAUUCUCCUGUAUAUCACGUCAGUAACUUGUAUAACGAAAUUAUCAUAACGCAAUCUGACGACAAGUCCAUUAGAAAACACAAAAAGUUAACGUGUAUUAAAUAACAUUUCUAUAUAAAACAAUUGUUUGAAUUUAAAAAAAAAACACACACACUUAAGUUGCUUGUAUCAAAGAAAUAUGUUACAAAAUUGCCCUGGUACAAAUGUAUCAAACAUGAAAUCUAUGCUUAACAUAAUUUGUUCUGUUUUCAUAUUUUUGUUUGUGAUAAACAACAGCUCUUUCGAUUACGGAAGCAAUAUACCUAAUCUGUUGACAAACUUAAUAAAACAAAUUGUAAUAUAUA